CGCAGCGACCCGGCGUCUUAUAUAGCAGGGACAUAGAGUGAGGGAAUCACGGCUUGUAUCGCAAUCUAAGUCAUCAUAUUUGAAUCGUCGCGCCAUGGCUGGAGCCGUGCGCCAACCGAUUGACGUUCCCUCCUUGGAACGCUAUCUCGAUCAGAACGUUCCAGAGAUCAAAACGCCAGUAGAUGUGAAGCAGUUCGGUUUCGGACAAUCCAAUCCGACCUACCAGCUUACAACCGCUGACGGCAACAAGUAUGUCCUGCGGAAGAAGCCUCCAGGCAAGCUACUCUCCAAGACGGCGCACAAAGUCGAGCGUGAAUACAAGAUCAUUCAUGCCCUGGAGCAUACGGAUGUGCCUGUGCCGAAGGCCUACUGUCUGUGUGAGGAUAGCAGUGUGAUCGGCACGCCUUUCUAUAUCAUGGAGUUCAUGGACGGUCGCCACUUCACUGACCCAGCUAUGCCCGGCAUUGACCCCGCUGAAAGAACCGCGCUAUGGCAGGAUGCGGUCCGGACACUAGCCAAGUUCCACCGGGUCGUCCCCAAGCUGGUUGGUCUGGAACAGUUCGGAAAGCCGUCGGGCUACUACGAUCGUCAGAUCGCGACCUUUACCGCAGUAUCGCAGGCCCAGGCCCAAGCGGUGGAUGUGGAGACCAAGGAACCGGUCGGCGAGCUGCCUCACUUCAUGGACAUGGUGCGCUUCUUCUCCGAUAAGGCCACCCAGCCGCAAGACCGGGGCACGCUCGUGCACGGGGAUUAUAAGAUUGAUAAUAUGAUUUUCCAUAAAUCCGAGCCUCGCGUCAUCGGCAUCUUGGACUGGGAGAUGGCCACGGUGGGGCACCCGCUGUCAGACCUAUGCAAUCUGACCAGCCCAUACUUCCUGGAAGGAACGGAUCAUAAGACAGACCAGUUCAAACCCAACGUGAUCCCUGGCUUGCCCACCCGAGCGGAUUGUGUCCAAUGGUACCAGGAGGUGUCUGGCUAUGACCCUACGCCAGACAUUCCAUGGGGCGAUGCGUUCUUUUCAUGGCGAAGCUCGGUCAUCAUGCAAGGCAUCAAGGCGCGGUAUGCCCUUCGCCAGGCCAGCAGUGCUCGUGCGGUGGAGUAUGCCAGGAACACCAAUCCGUUUGCGCUCAAGGCUUGGGAGCGAGUGAAGCAGGUGCGAGAACAGCUGCGACAACGGGCGAAAUUAUGAGUUCGGGUUAUGCGUGGGCCGCCCGAAUAUGUGUCCGGACGGUUCAACGAGGUCUUCUGGAAUGUGAUAGAGAGAAGAGAAGAG